UUUUGAGUAAGCUCGUUCUUUGUCGAAGACGAAUGAUGACAACAAACGGCAAUGCCUUGUUGGAGAUGUUCGGAAUAUUUAUUUUGUUUUUAUCAAGAGUACACUACAGAGUAAUUUCGUGUGGAGUGUUAACUGUCCCUUGCAAGCCCCCAUGCCUCAUUGUAUCAACAACGACAGAAAUAGUGGCCUUGGAUUUUGACAACAACACAAGUUCCCAGAUAAUAUCGGGGCUAUCAAGAGUCAUAGCCCUUGAUGUUCAUUACAGCUUGGGGUACAUUUUUUGGACUGACGUUUCAGACUUAAAUAUCAAGAGAUCUUGUAUCGACGGAACAAAUGUUACUGUAAUUCAUUCCACAACUGGAACGUGUGACGGGCUUGCUGUGGAAUGGAUGAGAUACCAGUUGUACUGGACUGACACGACAGAUGAUGUCAUUCGAGUAUCAGACCUUGAGGGCAAAAAUACACGUAUCUUAAUUUCUUUAGGUCUUGAUGAGCCUCGAGGGAUUGCACUUGACCCUGAGCGUGGAUCCAUGUUCUGGACUGACUGGGGAGCAGCGCCAAAAAUAGAAACAGCAACAUUAAAUGGAACCGAGCGCACUACCCUGGUAAACACAAACCUUCAAUGGCCAAACGGCAUUACUCUUGAUAGGAAAAACAGGCUCAUAUUCUGGGUUGAUGCCGGGAAAAACAGGCUGGAGUCAAUUAACUAUGAUGGCAACAACAGAACGUUGCUUUUCGCGAGAAACGAUGUUCACUUUUUCGGAGUAACUUUCGAUUCUCCAUAUAUAUUCAUAUCUGAAUGGAAUCACAAGAGUGUUUUCAAAAUGAAUAUUUCCAAUGGAACGAUAGCUGGGACAUAUCAUUUUGGAGGUGUAAACAAGAUCAUGGGGAUUGUACCGUACGACAGCUCUUGGCAGCGGCAAACAAUCACGUGUUCAAGAUUGCCUUCACCGACAAAUGGAACAAGACUUGGAUGUUCAGGGAACGCAACUGAGUUUUAUGAUACAGUCUGUCGGUUUGGGUGCAAUAAUGGCUAUGUAGGAUCUGGUUCUCAAAUAAGAAGAUGUCAAAAGAAUAAAACUUGGAGUGGUGAUGAGUUUGUCUGUCAAAAAAUAACGUGCCCAGGAUUGCCUUCACCAAUAAAUGGAACAAGACUUGGAUGUUCAGGGAACGCAACUGAGUUUUAUGAUACAGUUUGUCGGUUUGGGUGCAACAAUGGCUAUGUAGGAUCUGGUUCUCAAAUAAGAAGAUGUCAAGAAAAUAGAACUUGGAGUGGUGAAGAGUUUGUCUGUCAAAAAAUAACGUGCCCAGGAUUGCCUUUACCGACAAAUGGAACAAGACUUGGAUGUUCAGGGAAUGCAACUGAGUUUUUUGAUACAGUUUGUCGGUUUGCGUGCAACAAUGGCUAUGUAGGAUCUGGCUCUCAGAUAAGAAGAUGUCAAGACAAUAAAACUUGGAGUGGUGAAGAGUUUGUCUGUCAAAAAAUAACGUGCCCAGGAUUGCCUUCACCGAUAAAUGGAACAAGACUUGGAUGUUCAGGGAACGCAACUGAGUUUUAUGAUACGGUUUGUCGGUUUGGGUGCAACAAUGGCUAUGUAGGAUUUGGUUCUCAAAUACGAAGAUGUCAAGAAAAUAGAACUUGGAGUGGUGAAGAGUUUGUCUGUCAAAAAAUAACGUGCCCAGGAUUGCCCUCACCGACAAAUGGAACAAAACUUGGAUGUUCAGGGAAUGCAACUGAGUUUUAUGAUACAGUUUGUCAGUUUGGGUGCAAUAAUGGCUAUGUAGGGUCUGGUUCUCAAAUAAGAAGAUGUCAAGAGAAUAAAACUUGGAGUGGUGAAGAGUUUGUCUGUCAAAUUGUGAUGUGCCCUACUCCAAUGCCACCAGCCAAUAGUGUUAGACAUGGAUGCACUGGGAAUGCAACAGAAUACCCUUAUAACACAGAAUGUCAGUUCUCCUGCAUUGAGGGCUAUAAACUCAUUGGCUCUAGCUUGAGAAAAUGCCAAGACAACGGGCUCUGGAGCGGAGGAGGGGAAUUUUAUUGCGAGAUUGUUACCUGCCCAAUGUUAUUAUUACCAACCCAUGGUGUAUUCUUGGGAUGUAACACUAAUACGACGGAGAUGUUAUAUGGCACAGAAUGCAGCUUCUCUUGUAAAGAAGGAUCUGUAGCAACUGGUUCAACAGGAAGGAGAUGUACUCAAAAUGGAACCUGGACUGGAACAGACUUUGAGUGUACAGGUAUAGGAUCUGGCAACACUUGGAAUCAUGAAAAUUCAAAUAAUCAUAGUUGUCAUUCGAGAAUCCUACCCACUUAUUCGAUUGGCGAUCUUGAUAAUUAA